AUGGACUCUCAACGCAACUUUCCGACGCUCAAGGGCAAGGUUGCCAUCAUCACAGGCGCAUCUCGUGGCCUUGGUGCAGGUUUCGCGUUUGAACUUGCAAGAAGGGGCGCAAAGAUCGUUGCAACAUAUACGUCUCCAAGCAGCGAAAAGCUCGUCAGCGAACUAUCAGAAAAGAUCGCAUCUCUUGAUCCACCAUCACAAUGCAUAGGUGUCAAAGCAGAUCUCAAGGAAGAAUCUGCCCCUGAUGAGAUAGUCCGCCAAGCCGUCGCCACCUUUGGCAACUAA